AUUCCCGGUUCGGAUCGUGUAAAGUGGUUCAGCUUAAGUCCAAGCAGGGAUUGGAUUGGCUAGGGACAGAGCGCUGCAAUCCAAAAACACACAUAUUUAUAUAGAAACUAUAAAUCGACAUCGCCCUCGACAACUCAACAAGUCAGACCCCGUGGUAGACCUCAUGUUCUACACAGUUUUCCCGCAGAAAACACAACAUUUGCUUUCCCGAAUUCAUCGUUCAGUAAUGCUAUCAACUAACACUCGACAACGAUCCGAUGACGAUGGCUUAGUGGCACGCUCCGAAUCGAAUCCCGAUCCUAAACCCUACCGUUCGUAACCUUGUUCGACACAAAAGGGCUUAGUGGAAUGCAGCAGAACGUUAGGUCGAUAGAGAAGGUACACCGCGAGGUAACGAUCGUGUUUCCACAUUUGUUGAUUGUUUAAAUAUGAAAUGAGAUCACAAUGAGCCCGAGAUGAGACUCGGCUCGGCUACAUAUGAUAUGUUGCUUCUAUGCGAGCAUAGUGCAUUUGCGAUUCUCUUCUUUCCAUUCCUCUUCCUAUCACCAGCUGAAUGCAUCCUCUCGUCGUUACUUAGUGAAAGAUUUUAUUAUUCCCGGUUUUCUAUACUAAGAGAGCUGCAACUACUGCAUAGGAGUCGAGAAUGUCGAGCAGGAGAAGCCCUAGUUUAACGUAAGCGAUCCGCGUAGGCCCGGUAAAUCACUCUGCCAAACCGAACCGGUUAAAACCAAUUGGUGCCGUGCAUUUGACGUGGCCCAAAGUUGGGUUGUGUCUUUAGGAGAGCCACUUUUGGGCAGAAGCAUUGAAUUAAACCCCUCUCCCUUCUCAUUUUUCGCUUCAAUUUUGUCGCAACCGAAAAGCUAACGGUAGGAUGGAGCUAUGGCAGAAUGGUUCAGGAGGCAAAGGACCGAGUGCAACCGGUUAAGUAGCGAAUCAAGAAGCGCGAAAACGACGCGGUUCCACAUCAGGGUGACAAGAAACCGAAACGCCUCUAGCUUAGAAAUAAAUUAAAACAAUUGAUUUUCGGUUUUUGUACGCGGUGUCCUCGGAGCCCGAGAGUGUAGCCAGUGGCUCCGCUUCCCAACAAAAAAAGAAAAACAAACAAACAAAAAAAACACACACACAACAUACACACAUUCACUCCACGCUCUCCACACUAGCAAAACUAACUCGCAAAAAUCUGCCGCCGCCUCUUACUCGCGCUGCGCGUGCGCUAUACAUUAAGCUACUCACAUCCGCGAUCAAUCUAUAUAAAAACAAGAAGAAGAAGAAGAAGAAGGACCGAAAAUACAUCGGGGUAGCAGCAGGAAGCGUGGCAAUCCCGAAGGAACAAACGCGAGGUACGCGAGGUACGCGAGACCAAAGGCCACCUCGGUCGGGAGUUCCACCACGAUCCACCACGAACACUAGCGUGCACACGCACACGUAUGUGUGUGUGUGUGUCUGUUUGGGGGUUCGGGGUGGAAAUAUGUAAUAUUAACAAUCCAUUUCGGUUCCUUUUUCAAAUGCAUUUUUUCGUAAUAAAAUAAAUCUGU